AGACGGAGUCGGAGGAGUCAAGGAGUCGGAGGAGGUGAAGGAGUCUAGGCAGGAGGAGUCGAGGCGGAGUCGGCGAGUCGGUGGAGUCGGGCGAGGUGGAGGAGGUGGGGCUAGAGGAGGAGGAGGAGGGCGGAUGGGCCGGCGCGCGCGUAAGCUAGGCAGAGGGGCGACGCGGUCGGCGCGGCCGGGGGAGGGGAGAAGGGCGGAUGGGCCGAGCGACGCGGGCGCGCACGUACGCUCAGCACAGACGCGUACGCCCUCGCGGUCGGCACAGACGCGUCCUCGUGCUCACCGUCGGCAGCGGCUCGUCAUCGUGCCCUCGCGGUCAGCACAAACGCGUGCUCGCCCUCGCGGUCGGCAUAAACGCGUACGCGCCCUCGCGGUCGGUCAGGACGUGUGCGCGCCCUCACACUCAGCAUAAACGCGUACGCCCUCGCGGUCAGGACGCGACGCGCGUUCACUGCCCUUUCUCCCCUCCCACACCCCUCCCUCUCCCCUUUCCCACCUCCCACACCUCCCCACACUCCCCACACCCUCUCCCCACACCCUCCCCCUAAUCCCCCACACCACACCCCACCUGACCUCCACUCCACCCCACCCACCUGCCCAUUCCCCCUCACGGCGGUCGGCAAAGGCGCGCGCCCUCACGGUAA